AUGUCUUCUGCAGCUGCGCAGUCCAAUUCUCAGCGCAUGCAAGCACCGCCGUCUUCAUAUUCUCCUGGCGUAGCCGCUCGACAGUAUGCCCAGCAGUCGCCGCAAAGCCGAGAUCCUUACUAUACGAACCAGAACCCCUCAGCAUCUGGCACCAGCCAAUCACCACGACGGCAAGAUCGGCAGAGUGCCUUCGAUAGUCAGGUGGCCUCGCCGUUAUCGCAGCCUUACUCGUCGCCCUCCACGAAUGCUUAUGUCUCUCCUGGCAAUACAACGUAUGGAGGCGCGCAAACGAGCAGUCGCCAUCAUCCAACGGCCUCUGAUCAAUACGAUGGACCGCCCGUACCCCCACCCAGAUCAUCUUCUCAGCAGCCAAGCUCACCUGCCGUAGCCGCUCCGUCCACAGCGCCACUCGAGACAAGAGCGGCAACGGCAAGACAAUCAAGGCAGACUGCAAACGACGCACGUCUUUAUGAGGGACGAAGUCCUGGUCAGAAUUCUCAGAUGGCCAAUGAUGCUCGAGAUAUGAGUUCAAGCACUACUACCUCAGCCUCGCAUGGUCGGCGAAGAGGACCAACAACACCCGAUGGCCCUCAGACUGCAACAAGCACAAGAGAACAAGCGAAGCAUUCGCACAUUUCUGGACAGGCUCGAUCUGAGGGUGGUAUGGUAGCAGUUGCUCCUCCAGCAUCUCUUACGCGAGAGAAUAGCGAGAUCAUCAACAGGGUAGUGGUUUCGAAUCCGGUAGUUGAUAUUGCACGCGUGGAAGACAGAAUGGCUGAGGCUCGCCCUGCACCAGUGGCAACGGAUAACACCGCUGGAUCUGGCAUGGCCUCGAUGGGAAGUGAGGGUAUGGAUGAUGGUGGGCGAAGAAGGCAGGAUUAUUCAAAACAGUCGACGAGACGAAAAGAUGUGCAAUUUGGAGAAUAUAUGCUAGGUCAGACGCUUGGUGAAGGAGAGUUUGGCAAGGUCAAGCUUGGUUGGAAGAAAGAUGGUAGCGUUCAGGUUGCUAUCAAGCUCAUCCGUCGUGAAAGUGUCGCCACGAACCCUAGCCGCCUUCCCAAGAUCUACCGAGAAAUAUCCAUUCUGCGCGAGCUGUCGCAUCCGAACAUUGUGCGAUUGCAUGAGAUGGUGGAAACUGAUCGACACAUUGGCAUCAUCCUGGAGUAUGCCUCGGGAGGUGAACUUUUCGACUACAUUUUGAAUCACCGCUAUCUCAAGGAUCCAGCUGCCAGAAGACUGUUUGCGCAGCUCGUCUCGGGGAUUGGUUACCUGCACAAAAAGGGGAUUGUCCAUCGAGAUCUGAAAUUGGAAAACUUGCUACUGGACCGCAACCGCAACAUUAUCAUCAGCGACUUUGGCUUUGCCAAUACUUUUAACCCUGCCGAUGAGCUAUCAGACGAAAUUGUGUACAAUCUCAGCAAUCGCGAGUUUGUGAAGAAGUAUCGGCUGGACCGCCAAGACGAGAGAGGGAUGAGAAAAGGAGACCUGAUGCAGACAAGUUGUGGAAGUCCAUGUUAUGCUGCUCCUGAGUUGGUGGUCAGUGAUUCGCUCUACACUGGGCGUAAGGUCGAUGUGUGGAGUUGUGGUGUGAUCCUGUACGCCAUGCUCGCAGGGUAUCUGCCAUUUGAUGAUGAUCCGGCGAACCCAGAAGGCGAUAACAUCAACCUUCUAUACAAGUACAUUACCACGACUGCGCUUACAUUUCCAGAAUAUGUCACUCCUCACGCAAGAGACCUUUUACGGAGGAUUCUUGUUCCAGACCCUCGAAAGCGUGCCGACUUGUUCGAGGUGGCGAGGCAUAGCUGGCUGAGCGAAUAUCACCAUGUUGUUUCUCAUAUCACAAGUAGUACUACCAACAUUGCAGACAUUGCAAACAGUACUGUUCCAUCUGAAAACCAAGAAGAAAUGCAAGCAUUAGCGCGGAGUGCCUCGGUCCGCGAACCGACAAAAACAACAAACCCAAGCACACCAUCCCCUGUUGGAGCUUUGAACCAGCAAGCCAAUCUUGCCCGGGUCGACGAGGCAGAAUCGAGCGCACAAAGGGGCAGUGUGAAUCGACACACCAUCCAGCCAGAAUAUGUUGAACCUCAAUCACAUACUACCCGCGGUGAAGCACCUGCCACAUCUCCAGCUACGCGUGCGAGAAGUGGCAGUCAGGGACCUGCUGGCGCUGCAACCCAGCUACCUACCCGAUCAAAGCCUUUGCCUCAGGAACCAUCUGUUGCGAACGAAGCCACGAAAGUCGCAGAUUACCCCAUGAUCCCGCCCAGCAAUGGUCAACAGAGAAUGCCUCCUCCUACACGGCCAGCAAGAGAUGUGCCUCGGUCGGUAUCUGACACCGCAGGCGCGUUCAGCGUCGCAACGUCACAGCCUCCCAUGACCAAGACUCAAGCCAGUCGACCCAGUACAGGCAAUGCACCAGUUACAUCAGCCUCUGCUCGGUCUGAUCCGCGUCUUCCCACCAGAGGCUCUUAUGGACAGCCUGUUGCUCCAACCGUGGAGGCUGCAAACGCACACGGUAAAGUGACCCAGCCGACGAAUGGAAGAGGAUACAACAUCUCUGCUCCCAUACCACAACAUGGCCCCAGUCAGUCGAUCAGCCGUGUUCCCGUGCCCGUCCGGAACAAUGAUACACCACCGCAAGUGCAAACUCCCCCGACUAAAACCCAUCACAGGAGAUCAAGCACUUUGAGUGGUCUAGGUGAAAGGUUGUUUGGUAGAAGUAGCUCGGUCAAGUCUGGGAAGCAACAAGCAGAGAAGUGGAAAAAGGAGAGAAAGUAUCCGCCAACCAGUAUGAAAGAGCCAUAUCCCAUCGAGAACCCGCAACGCACUUCAACCGAUUCGAAACGCUCCUUCUCGUUCGUGAUGGGCAAGAAGAAGAGCAUGGACCUCGAAUCCCAACAGCAACUAGACGAGAAACCCAAAAGACUUUCAUCCCUGAUACCAGCUACCUUCUCCUUUCGAGGUUUGAUGGGUGGAAGUAAGGAAGAAGACACUGAAUCUGAGUCUCCGGCCCCAGAAGUGGGAGAUUUCCCACAGCCACCAACUAGUAGUACUCAAGGGCGUCCUUCCACGAGUCAAGCUCCAAGACCGUCAGGCCAAUACCCUCUAGAACAAGAGCCGUCUCGGACUCGGACUCAGACCCAACCUGUUGGGCAGGAUGGUCAGCAAGACCAGCCUCGACCUCCUCGAACCAAUUUCUCGAGACCACCACAAUACCAGUCGGCACCCCCGCAAGUCCCAACUGAUGCGUAUGGCGGUACGGGAGUCUAUACUGGAUCAGGUGGAGCUUAUUUACAGCAGUACGGAAGCAGCACUAACCCAACACGUCCUCUCUAUCCAGAAGGUUUCAACAGCCAAGACGUUUCCCGACCUUCAACGCAGCAAAACCGUCAAGGUAAGGGAGUGCUACAAAAGAACAACCGCAACUUCAACAAUUCCUACGACCAGGGACCGAGUCGGCAUGAGGGUAGCUCUGGCCCGGCCCGCAAGGUGAUGGAUUAUUUCCGACGACGGAAGGUGAAGCCUGAGACUUACCAGUGA